GACAUCUUCUACAAACCCCCUCGCCGCCAACAUUCAUCCCGCCGCCUUAUUCUUCUUCAUCACCCAUUCCAGCCAACAUUGGGAGGUCUAAAUUGAGCAGCAAGUCCAAAGCUUUCUUCCAACCCUUCUCUCUCAGUGGAGAAAUAAGAACCCUAAUUUUUGUUUCCCUUAAAUCCCUCUGCAACUCCUCCUUCCUUAUAGAAAAUAAUCCCAACCAAUUCAAUCCCAUAUCAGGAGGAGGAACGGGAAAACAAUGGGGAAAUGAGACUCGACCCAAAGCUCUCUCUCUCUCUCUCUCUCUCUCUCUCUCUCUCUCUCUCUCUCUCUCUCUAUCACUAUCUAUCUUCUCAUCUGCUACCUUAGCUUUGUCUCUCUGUCACUCUCACUCUCCUCUAGCAGCCAGCAGGGGCAUCACCGCAGUGGUGAAGAAAAAGAAGAAAUCAGUGGCGGCGACUCUCCGUGGGAGUGGUGACGAGUUGAAGCAGGCCGUGCUCGGGGACGCCGCCAAAACCAACUCGCCGCCGUGGAAUCGCUGUGGCGUCGUGACCAGCGAAGACGGCGAGAAUGAGGUGGAAGGGAAGAAGGAGACGUGAGGCUGCGGCGGGGUGGAUCAGCCCGGGUCUUAACUUUUGAGUGAGUUGGGUCAGGGUAAAUUUUUAAUUAAUAUUUUGAAUUUUUUUAUUAAUAGUUUUGAUGAGGUGGAAUGCUGAUUAAGCAAGGGAGACGGAAAUUUGGACGGAAAGUGAUGGAGUUACCAUUUUGAUAUUCGCUCAAAAAUUUGUUACCAUUUUUUUUACAAAUUAAAGGUUUGUGACUAAUUUGUACUAAGUGUGAAGGUUUGUUACCUUUUAUGCUAAUUACCCUAUGUUUAUCAACUCGACCGAUCGAUCGGAUGACAUUUUAAUUAUAACUAGCUUAUCACCCGGCCACUUGACCGGAGAUAGCCUAAUUCGCCGGAGAUAGCCCAAAGAAUUGGUAGCAAAACUCUUAUGGAUAUCUACACAUCAGCCUGCGCCUUGAAUGAUCUUUUUUGCCCAGAGGUAAGGUUUACAACACAAUACUAAUCUGAAGAGAAAUCAUCCAACCAUUGCAAUAGCAAAGCAAUAUCAAAGCAUGAAAACUAAAAUGGGCAUUCAAAGUAAAACAUAACGGUCGUUCAACCAUUCCAAUCUUGGAGUUAAAAUGCAAACACGCUAAAUUGAAGAAAAGAUCAAGUUUAUUUACGAUAGUUGAAAUAUUCUUGCUAAAAUAUAACCGUAGAAUGUAGUAAAAUCAUCCUUCCGAGCAUUUGAUAAUAAUACGAUAUAUAGGCUAGGUUCAUCUCAUAACUACUGAUUGCUUUCUUCUUCAAAACCCCGUUUCCUUCUGGAGAGGCAAACAGUGGGUUCCUUGGAUAAGUCAUCUUCCCAAUCCACAAAAAGAGUGUUUUCAUUGCCAAUUUUUGACGGGGGGAGCAGUUGUGGUGAUCGAUUAGCAAGAGGAAUGACCUCUCUUCAAUUGACCCUACAUAUAGGAGCAAAUGGUUGUUAAAAAUAUAUCAAGUCAUUACGAACAUAAAUUCCAUUUUCUAAAUUGGUAUGGAGAAAUGAUGGAGUUGUAUUUGUAAACUAACCUCAUUAGUUUCAUAACUUCUCCAAGUACCUGGUGUAAACAUAGAUAUCCAAUUAUUCAUCAGUGAAGAGUCAAAGGGUCUUAAAAAUAUCAAAAUACAACUUCAUUAAAUUUAUAUUAAGCUUAGUGUAACGUAUUGAAAAUGGCAGGCAACUAAGGCUUCCAAUUUUCGAAAUUCAUCGAUUCCUAACUCUGAUGAACAUAGAUCAAUCCAAAAUGAAUCGACGAAACACCAGGUAAUAAACGAAGCGGAUAUAGCAACAAAUAAAAAACCUACUGUAUUGAGCACACACUCCUAAUUGAUCACUAAAUUAGGCUAAUUGAUCACUAAAUUAGGCUUGGAGAAGAAAUCUGUGUUCGGAGGCAAACUAUCGACUCAAAGGGAUUUAGAAUAUCAAAAUAGAACUUUAAAAUAACAAAAUAAUCUUUGUUUGGUUGAUACAUAAGAAAUAAUCAUCUUCCCAUAUGCCUUACACAAUGUAUUUGGAAUACGUAAAUCUUCUUUUGUAAUGUGAAAUGAAUUUUUUAGGAAACAAAAAAGUACAUAGAUAUCUGCAUUGGAGGGUUUUAAGUGAACGAUAAUCCGGUUGUGACUCAAGAAAGUUGUUCCUGCAAGUUUGGUUGGCAGUAGAAGAAAUGUUUCAAGAAUUGCAAAUGAGUAAAUAAAGAAUCACCCACGUUAAAAUGGCUAAAAGAAAAACAAAGCAAAUGAACAGUAAGAACUAAGCUUGCAAAUGGGAGAUUAUAAUCAAAGUAAAUGAGACUAAACACAAAAUUAAUGUUAUAAGAACAUGAAAACGCCCAAGGAAAAACUUGAUGCCUGCAGCCCUGUAUGGGAAGAUGAGAGAUUGGCAGAUUGCAAACAUCAAUCAAAGCCAAAGCAUAUAAUACAUAUAAUGGAACCCAAUGAUUGAUAUAUCUCUCUAGAGAUGCAAUGUUAUGGUUAAAUGCACGAAUGGUGCAAGAACAAAUCAGGUAUACAAAAUUCAUUGUAAGCAGAUGCACCACAUCGCGGGAAAAAAAAUAGCAAGAAUUAUCAAACAAACCAAGAAAAUCCAUAAAUAGAUAGAUGCAUUCUAAUUGUGUUUUGCGCAAAAGACAAUGCAAAGAUUUGGGCCUCACCUGGACCAAUUUCAUGUUAUUUCUUCCCAGCCAAAUCAGUUGGCUUCAUAUCAUUAAACCCCAAUGAUAAAAGUAAUCCUCAGAAUAAGCAUAUUAGAAAAACUCGGUCUAUUGGCCCAAAGCAGAGUAUCUACGUAGAUGCGGCGGGAGUUGGUUGCUUGGAAAAGUUCUACAUUAUCUAUUCAGAAAUCUACAUCUAAAUAGUAUCCACCAGUUUUCAAUUACACAUGAGCUUUCAGAGUUAUUCAUUGAUCUCAUGAAAAGAUAUGUCUUUGAAGCAGCACUGCAGCUCAGGGGUGGGGAACAAAGUUUUAGAUAAAAAUUUUAUGUAAGACAACGAAAAGGCUUCAGCAAGUGUGUAAUAUCAAUGCAUAAUGCUUUGCUGGUGCGAUGAUAGAGCUUUCAGUUAUUAUAGGUUCUGCCCAGUUCAUAUGAAGCUAAUCAAAGACGAAAUAAUACCUCAUAGAUGCAAUAGUUUAGGCAAUGGGAGUCUGCUUCCGGCUAAGAGACGGCUCUCUUCGUUCCUGACGUUUCAUCUUCCCUAACAGGAAGACCCUUCUUCUAGCAAAGAGAAGGGUAAAUCAAUUCCUACCUUCCCCGCGUUUCAUCUUUCCUCACACGCAGACUCUUCCUUCCAACUCGAAGGAGGCGAAGAGAAGUGGAAAUUGAAGGCUUCCAUCAAUUGUUGACUGUCGUCGUCGUCUCCCUUCCCUCAGUUGUUGUCCACCGCCCUGCCGGCUCGCGGGUUCAGAGGAGGGGUAAAGGAGGGGAAAUCGAAACCCUCAAAGGUGCCAUUGAUUGAUUCCAUAAAAAGAUUUCUGCUAAUCUCUUGAUUAAGAAGAGGAGAAGUGGAGGGAUUUGUGCUUCUUCAAUUGGAAUGGAGGAGAGAGGACUGUUGUGGGGGAGUUGAUGACCAGUAAGGAGGUACUGCUGCGAUGGACCGCUUUAGCGUCAAACUGCUGUGAUAUUUUGUUUGUGGGCUGCGGCCCGUUCAAUAGUCAGGGUCCAGGGUCCGAUAUACCCUUGCGUAGACAGACAGACCAGACAGAGAAAUAAUCUUUUUUCCAAAUAUACCCCUCUGAAAAACGCUUUGGAAGCAAAAAUUUUGAAAUGGGGAUUCAGUUUCCCCCUUCAGCAUAUUAUAAAUAGAGUAGAUCAGCUGUAACCAACUCGACGGUCGGCGCCUAAAACCAAGUAAAAAAGCCGGUAUAGAUGGGUGUAUGUAUUAAUUAAUUAAAAACUCAAAAGGAGAGUCAGAGAGAGGAGAAACCUUGCUAACCGGAUUCCAACAUUUCGGCCAACUUGGAAAAGAAAUUUAAAGGGAAAACUCCAUAAUUUGCAUGUUUCUUAUUUUCAAUAUUUUGUGUUUAUGACUAUAUACGUGUCAGCGCAAUAAGUAAACUACCGUGGGCCCCGACCAGUUGGCCGGAGAAAGGUGAGGUAUGAAAUUUGAUAAUAUAAUGGGGUGUAUAGCUUAUUGUUGUAUAGUUUUUUUUGGGAAACUCGUGAUAAAAAUAGUGAAUUUUAGUAGGAAAGAGACAUGAAUGAUGUAAAGAAUCAAAAAUCGGCCUUAUGAACCAAAAUCAAGUACAUGUUACCUUGUGAAACAAUAUUGUUUCUGGUAAUAUGAUGAGGUUGGGUAAGUUAUAUAGAAAUCGAAUUCCAGAAAAUCGAAUAAAAAAUCGCCUAUCCCGUCGAUUUUUGGGAAAUGGGCAUCUCACAAUCGUUGCUAGCUUUUACUCGGCCCGUUGGUUGAUUAAUUUGCUUUAUAAAACUUUCAUCUUGUCGUCAUUAUGCUUUCUAAUUUUUGUUAGGCCAUGAUAAAAUCUAAGGAAAUCAAGAACGAACAACACGAUUUGGGAUAGGAACCGCUGAUGCUCUAAAACACAACACCUAACAAUGGCCAAGUGUAACCAAUGAAAGGGACUGCAGUAUAGUGGCACAAGUAAUAAAUAUCGAAUCCACGGGUCUCUAGAGUUACUAUUACUCAGCUUCAGUUCAUUAUCUAGCAAACUAGAUUAAGGAUUGAUUAACUAAACUACUCUACUAACUAAACUAAGUAAAACUACUAAUUACAGUUUGGGAACUCACUUAGGUAUGAUUCCCCCUAGCUCCUCAAUUAGGUCCAAGUUGUAAUUCAUUUUGGUUGAUUUACUGUUGAUUAAACUGCGGAAGAUCCGACAGUAGCUUGGAAUCUCUUAAGCUGACCAAGCCCUCUCAGUCUAACUAUCCGGCAGACGACUAGUCUUCACCGGGAUAGAAAGCUGAAGCAAUAAGCACAGAACUCCACUACUGGAAUUGGAUUCCAGUACAAAGCAGUAAACUGGCUAACUCUCGUAUAGCCAAUCUCCUACUACCGAAUGAUGAGACUCUAGCAACCUAAUCAGAUUCUAUCUAUCUCAGAUUGCAGCAGGAAUCAGGAAAAGUUGAUCAGACUUCAAUUGACUCAAUAAACAUACAUCAUUCGAUUAUAAUCAAACAAUAUAGCAUCCAAAACUUCAUACAAGAAAGAUCCUAACUCAUGGAACUAAGGUUCCUCAAAACCUAAGUGAAGGGAAGUUACUCCAUAGAGAAGAGAGAGACUGCAGAAAUCUGAUCUAGAUCUUCAAUCUCCAUCUCCAAGCUUGAUUCCCGUGCUCCAAUGGCGAAGAAAUCCUCCAAAAUAGCUCCAAGAAUGUUCCCAAGUCGCUCUCUCUCUCUAGGGUUCGUCCCUUGGGUGUUUGGGAUCCAAAACCCAGCUCUCCCUCUCCUUUGGCUCGAAUUUGGGUUAAAAACAGCCAUUCCCGACUCGCACGGCCAGGGUGCACGGCCGUGCACAUCACCAUUCUGGCCGUGCACCUCAAAACGCGGCGUAUCAAUUAGUUGAACCUCAGCCAACUCGCACGGCCAGAAUUAUAUGUUGCACGGCCGUGCGGAUUUCACUUGUGCCCGUGCGUGCCCACGCACAAUCCCGCACGGCCAAACUGGUCACUUGCACGGCCGUGCGUGGCCACGCACAAUCCCGUGCGUGCCCACGCACGAUCCCGCACGGCCGUGCGGGUUGUGGGUGUGCCCGUGCGACUUCCUCAGAACCUCGCCAUGCGUCCGAUCCUCGUCCAAUCGACCCCGGACUCGCUCCUAAGCCUUCAUUCACGUCCUAGGACCUGAAAUAUCACAAACAAGCACAACCUACCGUGAAAUCGGCCUAAAACACGAGAAUCAACACCUCAAACGGUGUAAGAAUGGGGGUAAAAACAUGUGUAAAUGACGGUCUAUCAAACUCCCCCACACUUAACCGUUUGCUUGUCCCCAAGCAAACCUAACUCAAACCAAUGCAACUCUCCAGACCUCUAUAGCAACAAACACCCCAGAUCGUAGGUAGAGGACUUCCUAGAUCAUUUAGCAACUUACGAGGUCAACCGAAACACAAGUCAUCUCAUAGCUUCUUCGGCGAGAGCACUAGUAUCGAGUCGGCAUCAUGGCAAAUAGUGAACAGAGGACAAAUGAAUUGUGGAUGAAGAGAUUCUCAAAAACAAAAGAUCAUGGAGUCACAUUUUUCAAGGUGCUCUAUUUUCUUCUUGAAGAUGGCUGGAACACCUUUUCUUUUCUGUUUUGCAUGUUUUCUGUUUUUUUUUUUAUUUUUUUUUUCAAGGGUCCCAACCUGCUCUUACCGGCCAUGCCAGGAGCGGAUGUCUCGAGCCUCGUGCGGGGGAAAGACAUGUAAGGGGGCUGGAGGUAGUAGGUGGAAAUUGGGAACGAAUUCCCGUCUCCCCUUACACACUUUCGCCCUAUUCGCACGGGAGACGUUAUUUUGAAGCACAUUUUCGAGCACCUGUUAAACUCAAAACAUGAUACAAGAGUCCAUGACAGGUAGAGAAUCCACAACACCACACAAUUCAAGGGUCCUAAGAUCACUAAUUCACUCAAUCAACCAACACAAUAUGUUGAAGCAAUGAGACUUCUUAAAUGCAUCAACAUCCUCCAUAGUGCUACACUACCUCCCUAGGUUGCAUAUUACUAUAAAGACUGUCAAUUCAAAGCAUACUGAGCAGGCAAUUGCAAGGAACACGUACUUGGAGCCCUCAAAUUUCAAAAUUUGGACAGUGGACUAGGCUCCAAGCACACAAACAACCAAACAUUCACCCGCAUAAAUAAUCGAACACCCCCCCACACUUAAGCACGACAUUGUCCUCAAUGGAGGAAAGAUAAGGAGGGUAGAACGAAGUUACCAGAUCAAGGGUGAAUGAUGAUGAACGGGUCAGGCGGUGCAUCCCAGAAAGAGAGAGUAAUCAGAACACAAACACCACACAAAAUCUCACAAAGGUUGAGUUAUUGACUCUAAAAUCAAAUAACAAAACUGACUCAACCGAGGAUAAAUAGAGAAAGAAAUGCAAACCGACUGGUUGGGUUGCCUCCCAACAAGCGCUUCUUUCACGUCGUGAGCCGGACGAUGGCUCCUAAGUUUCGGUCCAUGCUAGAACCUCCUUGAAGUUGAGGUUCUCGUCGAUGAGGUGGAGUCUCAAGUCACGAGCAUGUGGUGUGGCAGGUGAGGAAGGCUCAUGCACUUGAUGCAGAUGAAGUCUCCACCCUAGAGACCUCUUCUCUCGUCUCAUUGCCCCAAACCAGAUAUGACAGCAUCGAUUGGCCACCAUCGCGUCCACCAAGAGGGACCGAUGUCGAUGUGGCCUUGGUCUGGCAAAGAGACACUGCAAAUGGGUCCUUGCCAAGCAGCUCCUCGAAGUUUGGUGGAGAUAUCACAUGUAACUCAUGGCCGGUGCAGGCCUCUUCCACCUUAACUCCGUCCUCAGCCUGGACGCCAAUUGCUUCUUCAACCUCCCUUUCUUCUUCAUGUGGUAUCACCCCUGGGAAAAGAUCAAGAACUCCUCCUGCUUCACUUUCUUCAUCCUCCACAACUUCUUUCUGCACCCUUUCUCGCUCUUGUUCUUCUAGCACGGAUUGGAGAGCAAGUUGCCAAGCAAUUUCUUUCAUGAGAUUUUCUUGCAUCUCCUCACUCAUGCCCGCCUCUUCAAAGCUCAGUUUGGGAUGUGGGAAGGUGUGGUCGGCUACGGCAGGAAAUUCCUGAUCAUGAUCAUCACGAGAGCUUUUCGUGAAAACUUCUGUCUGCUCCACAAUAUCCUUGUAGCCUUCGUCUUCCUCCUCCUCUUCUAGUAUGAUAGCAGAAGGGUGAUCUUGAGCAGGUUGUGCAUAAGCUUUCUCAAGAUCCUCGAGGCUCUUCUUUAUGCUCAGGAGGGUCUCCUCUGUUUCACGGUAGGAGAACUCAGUUUGGGCAUUGUCUGGGAUAUCCAUCUUUGGAAAGGAUGUCUCAGGUACUCGAGCAAUCUGGUCCACGAGAAGCCUCAAGUGAUAGUUUGGAUCUGGCUGAUGGAGGAAUUCUUCUUGAUAAGGAGAUUGUUCUUGAAAUACCCAGGGGUCUGAUUGUUCUUCGUAGGAUGGGGGUUGGUACUGAAACCCGAAUCCAUAGUCUUCUCCUCCUUGAUUGCUCCAGGGGGUCUCGGGGUAAUACCACUCGGAUGGUGGUGGAUACCCCCAAUGGUUGGAGAAGCCAUGAGGAUCCAUGAUUCAGAUCUGCACCAACAAAAACAAAAAACACCCAAGUGAAAAGAAAGGGUGGAAAAGCAAAGAAAAAAAACUAAAGUAACAAACUUCUGCCUUUCCUAAUAAUCUAGAAAGUCCCCGGCAACGGCGCCAAAAACUUGAUGCUCUAAAACACAACACCUAACAAAUGGCCAAGUGUAACCAAUGAAAGGGACUGCAGUAUAGUGGCACAAGUAAUAAAUAUCGAAUCCACGGGUCUCUAGAGUUACUAUUACUCAGCUUCAGUUCAUUAUCUAGCAAACUAGAUUAAGGAUUGAUUAACUAAACUACUCUACUAACUAAACUAAGUAAAACUACUAAUUACAGUUUGGGAACUCACUUAGGUAUGAUUCCCCCUAGCUCCUCAAUUAGGUCCAAGUUGUAAUUCAUUUUGGUUGAUUUACUGUUGAUUAAACUGCGGAAGAUCCGACAGUAGCUUGGAAUCUCUUAAGCUGACCAAGCCUCUCAGUCUAACUAUCCGGCAGACGACUAGUCUUCACCGGGAUAGAAAGCUGAAGCAAUAAGCACAGAACUCCACUACUGGAAUUGGAUUCCAGUACAAAGCAGUAAACUGGCUAACUCUCGUAUAGCCAAUCUCCUACUACCGAAUAAUGAGACUCUAGCAACCUAAUCAGAUUCUAUCUAUCUCAUAUUGCAGCAGGAAUCAGGAAAAGUUGAUCAGACUUCAAUUGACUCAAUAAACAUGCAUCAUUCGAUUAUAAUCAAACAAUAUAGCAUCCAAAACUUCAUACAAGAAAGAUCCUAACUCAUGGAACUAAGGUUCCUCAAAACCUAAGUGAAGGGAAGUUACUCCAUAGAGAAGAGAGAGACUGCAGAAAUCUGAUCUAGAUCUUCAAUCUCCAUCUCCAAGCUUGAUUCCCGAGCUCCAAUGGCGAAGAAAUCCUCCAAAAUAGCUCCAAGAAUGUUCCCAAGUCGCUCUCUCUCUCUAGGGUUCGUCCCUUGGGUGUUUGGGAUCCAAAACCCAGCUCUCCCUCUCCUUUGGCUCGAAUUUGGGUUAAAAACAGCCAUUCCCGACUCGCACGGCCAGGGUGCACGGCCGUGCACAUCACCAUUCUGGCCGUGCACCUCAAAACGCGGCGUAUCAAUUAGUUGAACCUCAGCCAACUCGCACGGCCAGAAUUGUAUGUUGCACGGCCGUGCGGAUUUCACUUGUGCCCGUGCGUGCCCACGCACAAUCCCGCACGGCCAAACUGGUCACUUGCACGGCCGUGCGUGGCCACGCACAAUCCCGUGCGUGCCCACGCACAAUCCCGUGCGUGCCCACGCACGAUCCCGCACGGCCAAACUGGUCACUUGCACGGCCGUGCGGGUUGUGGGUGUGCCCGUGCGACUUCCUCAGAACCUCGCCAUGCGUCCGAUCCUCGUCCAAUCGACCCCAGACUCGCUCCUAAGCCUUCAUUCACGUCCUAGGACCUGAAAUAUCACAAACAAGCACAACCUACCGUGAAAUCGGCCUAAAACACAAGAAUCAACACCUCAAACGGUGUAAGAAUGGGGGUAAAAACAUGUGUAAAUGACGGUCUAUCAACCGCCGUUGUCGUAUUCCUAGAAAAUGGUCCUACACAGACUCACCUGCCAAACUGGUUUGGAUUGAGAUUUUUAUCGGGUAUCAGAGAACCAUGUGAUUAUAAAUUAGACUUGAUUAAAACGGGCCAAAACUUGAAAUUCAGCAUGUUUGACCGACCCAUGCCAAAUUCUAAUUAUUCUUUACUUUUAAACUUUCUAUUUGAAAAUAAAAAAUAGUGAAAGAAAAGAGAUGACUGCAACUCGCCAUUUGCACAUCACUUAUUCGGGAAUAAAACUAUAGAAAUUCAAAAGGAACUGAAAAUGUUUAGGAUCAUUUUAAUGUUUAAAAUAACCAAAAAGAUCUUUCUGUUUAGUUUUUUACUAACAAAUACCAAACGAUUCCCUAUAAAAUACACUAUCAUUUGAUCAUUAUGGUAUCAAAUAAUUAUAUAAUAUAUAUUUGAAAUUAUAAAAAUUGGACUAAUUGGGUUGGUCGAUGUUAAACCAUUGAAUAACUUUAAAAUACAUUAUAUUUUAGCCACUAAGAUUUAAAAUAAUAGAAUAAUAUAUAUUAUGCCAGAGAAAAUAGCUUGUUUUAGAAUGGCAAACCAAUGAUGUUCAUUUGUUUUACUUGAUGGCCAAAUCCCGUGUAGGUCAGGCCCAUUCAACUCUUUUAUUUUAUGGUUAGCGGUUAGCCUCGUAGUGGAUCGUUGGCUCCACCUGUUAUCUCCUUCUACGACAUGUUGUUGUCGUCGCCAUAUUCAAUAUGUCACUUAGUCAUCUCUGCCUUGCUGCAUUAGACACCAUGCAUUAGCUUAUUGUAAAAUCUUUUAUUUUUAGCAAUAAAAAGGAGUAUUGUUUUUGCCUUUUCAUAUAUUUUAUCACCAUGGAGAAAUACAAGGGCUUAAAGAAAAAAAUCGACACUCCUGGACCCGUUUAAAUCCGCAUGUGUAUGGUAAGUUGGCUCGUUCCACAGAGGAAAGAGAAAAAAAAUUGACACUCCCUAUUCUACCCUUCCUACAAACGCUGCUGGAGCAGGGAAUUUGAAAUGGGGGAAGGUUUUUUCCUCACUGCUAUUAUAUGUUUUUAAUUUAAAAAGAUACAACAAAUGUACUUAGUGUUAUUGAUUAUGAUCUUUGCUUUUCUUUAAAAUGGUUAUGAUUUGAAUCCGAGUACGUGUCUUUUUAAUGAAUAAAAAAAAGUAAUUGUGAAAACCAAAAUGUCCUUCAUACUUUCAGGGAGUGGUUACGGUGAUUACUACAAAAGCAGUAAUCACCGUGGUUACUAAGGGUAAAUUGGGUAUGGAAAAAUAAAUUAUAUUAAUUAAUUUUUUAAUAAAUUACAUUUUAAGUAGUUAUAAAAAUCUAUUAAUUUCAAUUCUCUCUCUUUCUCUCACUUCUGUAAUCUCCAGCCAGAUUCCUUUUCAUAUUUUUCUCAAUCUUUUUGCAAAAAAAAAAAAAAAAAAAAACACGAAAUCACUACCAAUCCAUUAGACAACCACUACCACUUUGAAAAACAUCAAUACCAUUGCAGAAAUAAAUCUAUAACAUUACACGAAACUACCAAUAUAAAUAAUCUAUACCAUUGCAUAUAUGAAGAGAAUUAUGAACAUUGAGGUUUGAACCAAUAUCAUUAGACUUUGAAGAACUACUAGACUAGUAUUGCUAAUACUAAUACAUGUGUAAUGAACCAAUACCAAUCUAAAGUGUCACUACUAAACGAAGAUGAAUGAAUAUCAUGCUGUUAUAUAACCAAUACCACUACACAUCGAAUCAAUACCAUUGCAGGACUACCAUUACACAAAGGAUAAAACAAUUCCAAAUAGUACUGCACUACCAAAAGAAAAGGGAUUUUCCUUAACGAAUGUCAUUACCGAUACCAUUGCUUAGUAACACAAUACCAUUAUGCAAAUAAAAAAAUUGCAGCCAGUGGAGGAAUACGAUUACAAUUUACAAACCAAUAACAAAUACUAAUUAAAAAUCCCAUUCGUAUAAUAGUACCAUUACAAAUACUACUGCACAUUGAGUCCAACUACUACUCCAGCGUCGCCGCCGUGAUUAUCAUCUCAGGGAACUCAUUUAAACUGCGGCCAUAGCGUCCGUUGUAAAUGCUGAAGACUAGAACAGCCAUAAAUAGAAUAAGAGGAAGCGGAAGUCGCUGGGGAAAAGGUUGAGAAAGAAGAGAAUAAGCAGAAGUCCGGCCAUCGACAUCAUCUGUACUCAUAUCUUAUUGGGGGGCGGUGACGCAGAGGGGAGGGUGAGGUAGGAAGAUGGGUGGGAAAGGAGGAGGCGGCAGCGGCAGAGUCGGAGUAGGGCACAACAACAGCGGCGGAAGUCGUUGUCGCUUGCACGGAGUCAUCGUUGUCGGGGCUGGUGUAGGCGGCCGACGAGAUUAGUCAUUAAUGCGACGGGAGUGGUGGAGGUGGCUGCGGCGGGUUUGGUUGAAGGGAGGAUAGAACUGGGGUUUGGGUAGAUUAUAUGAAAUAAUCGGGUGUGAUCACUUUUUUAUUUCCAAAAUUAGCCUCAAAUAAUCUUGACCGUAAGAUUAAAAAAGAAGGGAAAAUAGAAAAUCAAAUGGUAUAUAAAGAGGUUGCCACCGUGAUUACUAAAAAGCAAGUAACCACCCUAACCUAUUCCCUACUUUCACUCUCGUUGCAGGAAAUUUGAAAUAGGGCUCCCUUUUUUCCUUCGCCAUAUUAUAUUAUGUGUAGAUAUAAUUUCUUUUCUUUUUUUAGCAAUCAAUAAGCGGUCUAGCUAGUUAACAUAAGACAAAAGACAAUCAUGAAUGCUUGCUUAUACUAUAAUUACUAGAUAACUUUGAGUUGUUGGAAAAAGUUUAAUGAUUGAUUAUAAAUAAUUUAUUAACACAUUCUCUCUAAUAAAUGUCACAAUUUGUGGGUUUGAAGUUAUUUAGAUAUCAUGUGUUUGACAGAAUAUACGGGACAAUUGGGAUUUGAAUAGAAUAUCUUUUGGUCACGAAAAAGUCUAAUACUGUGUCAAGAUUAAUUCAUCUCAAUAACUCAAAUUUAUAUUAUAUACCACUUACUAAGAGUAGGUAGGAGACUGGCAAGCAAACACAAGGCUGAGAAUUAAGCUGAAGGCCAUUCUAUUGAAUUUACUUCCAUUUCUAAGGAGUGAAAAUUGCGGGAGGGGGGGGGGGGGGGGGGGGGGGGGGGGGGAACGAUAAAUAAAUAGGUGAGUGUUAGAAAUUGGGUUAACGAUAAACGAUCCUUUUCGUGUAUCUAAUUAAGCCCCAAGCAAAGCACUCGAUGGAAUAUGACUUCACUCGUCGAUCGAGUUUGUACUUUGUAGCAAUUCAUUAUUCCCGGGAACGAACUUCCUUCCUUCCGACUGAUUAAUAAUAGUUGCAGAGGCUAGGUAUAUAGUAGGUAGCGAUAACGCCGAGAUGGGCAGUCAGUCUCGGCCGGCCCGGUCGAUGGCUCUCUCUCAUUCAUAUUUGCUUCCAUUUUAGCCUUUCAUAAUUGUUAUAUGCCCCCACCCCCACCUCACCCCGCUGCCGCUACCCUUAUAAUUGUUCCUCUCUCUCUCUCUCUCUCUCUCUCUGCUAGAUUUGAGACUUCUGGAGGUCGGAACUCGGAAGUAACACGUGAUUGGUGUCUUGUUGCAUUGUUAAUUAAUUAAGACGUUCUUUAUUGACUCGUUUUAUUUAAGACUCUUUUAAACCACAAACAAUAGAACUCAUUUUCCGUCAAAUUUAAGCCUCCGUCGUAAAAUUGGUAGUGAGAAUAUUAUUAUUAUUAUUAUUAUUAUUAUUAUUAUUAUUAUAUAAAGCUCAAACAUGUUUACUGUUGCUUAAUACUUCCAUGUGAUUGGACCAUCCGUUCUUUAAUAAAUCCAUUAGAUUGACCGAGCUUUUAUCAUCUAUUGAUCCGCUCCAUUUUAUGUUUGCGACCAAUUAAUUGGCAAAAUUAAAAGUAAAGACAGUUUUGAGUAUUGUGGGAGAAGAGAAGACUUUGGGAAAGAGAAAGUUAAUGGGUGAAGCAAGAUUAUCAAGUCGGUUAGCAAAUGGUAUGGUUUGAGUGGGAUACAACUGGUUUAUAUCAGUUUAGCAUAAUAUAUAAAAAUGUGAAAAAUCAUUAACAUUAAGAGAAUUUAAUAAUCAUAUAUAAUAACAUACGUGAAUACAAUCUACAUUCAUAUAUGGGUUUCACAAAAUAUAUUGAAAUAUGACAAGUCAAUAACAUUAACUGAAUUUAAUAAUCAUAUAUAAAAACAUAACUGAAUACAAUCUACAUUCGUAUAUAAAUAAAAUACACUAUUCUAAAUAAAAUAACAAAUACUCAUAUUUAAAUACAAAAUGUAACGUGAACAUCCUUGUGUUUUUACUAGAACCCAACAAAUAGCAUCAACAUUUAAUUUUCAAAUUCAUGAAAUAAAUAAAAAAUUCAUUUUUAUAUAAUUAAAUGUUCGAAAAGGACAAUAUUUUGUUUAGAGGUCGGAAAUCGAUUAUACUAAUAAUAUUCCAACCAUUUGCCUAACCAGUACCAAUUAUAUUCAAUCUUACCGUCUUACAUUCAAUCUACAUGGCAACCAUGGGUAGAGGCGAGUAAGUCAUCAUCCGCAACAUACUCAAGGGAAAAUUUGACAUCGAUGAUAUAAAUUAAAAAUGGAACAACUAAUAUCAAUACAAGUAUGCCAUCAUCCGUGGCAUAGCGCGGGAUUUUUUUCUAGUAUAUUUAUUUAUUUUUAUUUAUUUUUUUAUAUAAUAGCACAAGUAACCAAGAUUUACGGGUUACUGUUUCAUACGAAAAAAUAGAUGCAUGGUUAUUGUUCCCUUAUUUACAUAAGGAAGGGGUAUAUCUCAUGUACUCAGGUCCAUUAUAAUUUCUUGAAAAAUCAAUUCCACUUUCAAAACAAACCGUGCAAAACCAUACGGAUGGAAACGUAUUCCAUGGAUCACGAAAACAUUUCGUAUAAAAAAUAUAUUAUAUAAAGAUUGUUAUUAAAUACAAUGUUCACCAUCUCAUCAAUUUGCAUGACUCAAAAGUCAUAUAAGGUAAGUUAAUGUUUUUUAUUGUAGUUUAAUAAAUGUGAUAUUUUUCAUAAUUUGAUUUUAUUAACAGAUCACACACUAUGGAAGAUUUGCAUAACACCAUUAUAUAACAAUUACAUAAAGAAUUUGUAAGGUGAGUUAUUUUUUACAUAACAACUAAAUCAAAUGUAAUACUUUUUAUAACUUAAUUCACUUAUUAUUAGCACAAACUUAUUUUUCAAUACCAUCUAUAUUGAACAUCUCAUCAUUUGCAUCACAAAAAUUAAAGCUUCUACAAAAUAAUUUAAUCUUGCAAAAUAGUUAAAUCAAAUAUGAGAAUAAAAAGUAAUUUGAAUUUAUUAUGAGACCAUGAGACCACAUGUGACGGAAGAUUACGUAACAUCAUUAUAUAACCGUUAUUAAAAUAGAUUGUGUAAACUUAUGAAGGUUGAACAGAUAAUUAUUUCUUAUAGAUUAAUCAAACAAACGUGUUAUGUAAGCCUUCCGUGACAAUUAAAAACACCAUGUAAAACUUAUGAAAGUGUUUUACUCUAACUUUUUUGUGAAUAAUGUUAAUUCAAUUAAAUCAUUAAAUGAAUUGAUGAAAUUUUAUUAUCGAAAAAUAAAUUAAUUUAUUACCAUCACGAAGUGCGGGUAAAAAAUAGUGAUAAUUUACGUGACAAACUCUACCGUUAGAAACAAAAAAGAUAACGGUGGCUAGAGAGGCCAAGUGUUCGAUUGGUCUAGUUGAUUCGCUGGUGGGUACACUCACUUUCUAGAAAGUAUGGAAGGGAAAAGCUUUACGGGAACCACAAAUUGCUUGCUCACACGAAGAUGACAGGAAUACAAUCUAUUUUAGUUUCAUUUGGUUACUUCGAGAAAAUGCCAAGCCCACUUCAUAUGAGGAUUGGAGGAUCAGGGGUGAAUACAAGAUAAACCGUAAUAUGUAGUGGGAUGGGAUAUUCCAAGGACCUACUAUGGUCACGAUAUUUAUUUUUGGCAAUUUCGCAAUGGUGAAAAUGUGUUUUUUUUGCACCAUCUCACAGCACUUUUAUUGGACCACGUCAUCCAAGUCGCAAAUGAUUGGCCAAGAAUAAUUUGAGCCGUGCGUAGGAGAGAAAAUGGGGAAAUGGUAAGCCGACUGAGCUGAGCUGAGAGAGAUGGGUGGAGUCGCCAAGUUAGAGGAAUUUGAAAUAAAUAAAUAAAUAACUAAAACGAAAACUAUCCACUUCAACCGUCCUCCAUUAUGCUUCUUCUUUCUCCCUUCUUCUUCCUCUCUCUCCCCGACCUAGAAACCAACACCCAGAAACAAAGAUAUCUUGACUCGACGAGAAAGAAGGAGGAAGUUGAGCACGCGUCGGAACAUGGAAGGGGAGGAUGAGGAAUGAGUUAGGCGACGAGCAGGCUAGUCGUAAACCAGGACAUAUUCGAUGAGGAGGAAUCGUCCUUGUUCGUGGUCUUCGUAGUUCGGUCGACCUUUCUCACGUUUGAAAAACCGCCGAGGACGAUUCUCCCUUUGUCUCUCGCUUUCUAGGUAUGGGUUUUCCUAGGGUUGGUAAUCGGUCGGUAUUGGUAUAACCAGUUACCGACUUACCGGUUAUCGGUAUUACCGAAAUGCCAAAAUGGCUGCCGACAACCGGUACCGAGUAAUUAUCGGUUAACCGGCAUACCGACUUCCCGGUAACGGUUAUCUUUCCGGUUAUCCGAACAACCGGGUGUAUUCCCCAACUGACCACACUCUGCCGCAAACGACUCGGGCAACGUCCAAGCUAGAGCAGCAGAUCUGGCAUGCGGCUAUGCGUCCGGCCGUCUGCGGAGGUGCUGCGGCAACAGUAAAAUCUCCAGAUCCGGGGUUGUCUUGUUCACCAUCGAAGCCUCUGAAACUCCAGACCCAAUUACGAUGGCCAGAUCUUUCGGUGAGGCUCAGCUGGGAGAAAGACUUCGGAGAAGGCGGGGGAAUUGGACGGCUGUGACCGCGGCGAGCAGCACCGAUUGAGGCGAUUGCGGCGUGGGCCCUUCAACUACGGCGGGGCUUUGGGAAUUAUAUGGAGAGAAGAGAAGGAAGGAAAAGAAAGGGAUGGUCAGUUGGGAUAUUAGGGGAGAAGAGACAGGCGGAUUUGUUGGGGGUCUUAGGAGGGGAGAAGAGAAGAAAGUUCGCGUGCAACAGUUGGGAAAGAGUGAGUGAGAGAGAGAAAGUGAUCUGUUGAGUGUUGAGGAAGAAGAGAGGAAAGGAAAAUGAAGCGUUGCAGGCGGCAGGGGUAUAUUUAAGGGUGUGGGUUUCGGUUACUCGGUAUACCGGGUAACUGGCGGUUAUUUAUCGGGUAGAACUCGGUAUACCGAGGAUCCAAAUUCUACCAUCGCAUACCGAUACCGCCGGUUAUCGGUUUGGUAACCGGUUAUAUCGAUAACCGGCAAACCGAAUACCACCCCUAGGUUUUCCCCUUGAAUCCCCCUUUUUGCUUUCUCUUUGGGUGUUCAAGGUUACCUGAAUACGAGUUUGGGUAUUUAUUGGUACACCUUCAAAUCAACUCGAUUUGAAGGGUCUUCUUCAUAAUGCGAUUUGUGUGGGUGAGUUCGGGAAAUCUUUUGUUAACUAAGAUUGUGGGUUCUUGCUUAGAAUCACUAAAUGUGGUUGAAUCCAAAAGUAGUUGUUACCUACAUCCUCCAUUGUAGUUGAUUAAUGUGUUCCUUGUUCCAUUUUAAUGUGUACCUAUUGAAUACUGGUUCUUUUAGUUCUGAAUAUUAGUUGUGUCUUCAUCUUGUAGUGGUUGUCUGUAGUUUAACAAUACUGGUUGUUUCUUUUCUGAAUAUUAGUUGUCUUAAAUGAGUUGUGUUCAUCUUUAAUUUCUCAAUAUUAGUUUGUUCUUACUGGAUUUGUACUUUUGUUGAAUACUACUCUCUUCGUUGUUUAAUGUUGAUUGUGUAGUUGUAGAAUACUAAUUAUUUUGGUUUUGAAUAUUAGGUGUGUAUUCAUUGUGGACUGGCUGUCUCCAUCUAGAUUAAUACUGCAUGUUUCAGUUAUGAAUAUUACUUCUAUUCAUUGGCUAGGUUUGAAUAAUGGUGGGAAUGAAGAAGCGUGUUCCGCAAAACAUGAAACGACCCUUGGUGGAUCCACCUACUUCUGAAGAUGUUCCUAUUUCACAAGAUAUUCAUGUAGAUCAUGCUGCUGAUGACGAUCGGGAGCGUGCUGCAAAAAGGGUUAAGGGUGCCGCUGGGGUAGGUGUUGGGACAUCUACUAGGAAGUUUGGUGAGACUUUUGCUGGGAAUUCAUGUGAGACUUUUGCUAGGAAGUCUGCUGGUACAUUUGCCGCGACAUCUGCUGAGAAAGGUGGGGGAUAGGAGCUGAGAAGGGAAGAAACCACAUGAAAUGCA